AUGCGCAUUCUUCUUGUCAACGACGACGGCCCACCAGCACCAGCCAGUCCAUUCAUACGCGAUUUCUAUAUUGCGCUGUCCAGACACCACGAUGUAUACGUAGUCCUGCCAGCCCAGCAGCGUUCUUGGAUAGGUUUAAGUUUCCUCAUCGACCAGCCCGCAGUGGGGUACUACUACUACCUCAAGCGCGAUCCAAGCGCGACAGCCGAGACAUCUGACAUCGGUAGACCACUCAAAAACGACGAAAUAUGUCGCUGGAUACUCAUCACAGGCACACCAGCCUCCGUGGCGAAUAUCGCCCUCACCAACAUCUACACCGACAUUGAUGUCGUCAUCAGCGGGCCCAACUACGGCAGGAAUUCAUCCACGCCUCUUGUCAUGUCUAGUGGUACUGUCGGCGGUGCACUCGGCAGUGCCAUACGCGGUUUCAAGGCUAUUUCUCUCUCAUAUGGCAUUAUGGAGCAGCCUACUGACCCAGCCUCUAUACCAAUGGCACAUGAAUGGGCAGUACACCUUGUCAACCACCUCAUAUCCCACUGGAACCCUGAAGCUGACGUGUACUCGAUCAACAUUCCUCUGGUCAAGAGUUUGCCCAACGCAGUCGCUAAAUACACGUGCAUACAGAAAAGCACCUUUGACCGUCUCUUCCUCCCUUCACUCCCAUCCAACCCAUCUAAACCUACUACCACCACUCCACACAUACAAGACGGCGCUCCGUUGAGCUUUGCUUGGGCUCCUGAUAUUCGCAAACUCAUCGAAUGCUCUCCCGACUCCCUAGACACGGAUACAGACGCACACUGCCUAUCCCAAGGCAAUAUCUCCAUUGUUCCCCUCAGAGCUAACUACGAAACCUGCUACACUAACAACACACACAACUCCACCCUCCCGCCCCGAGGUUCCACAAUUGCAAAGUAA